AUGGACCUUCGCCUGACGCAGACGCAGCCCCUACAGCCCGUCCGCCUGCUCGAGCUGCCGCCCGAACUGCUAGACCUGCUCGAAUCAGACCACCCUCCACAGCUGUGCCUGAAGUCAUCUGCGCCCACAUCGACAGCCUCCACCACCACCACCACGACUACAACCUCUUCUUCUACGACUACGGCGUCUUCUACUUCUACUACUACGACUACGGCCACGGCUACGACUGCGUCCUCUCGGCCAGGAGCUGACUUCGUGAACCUGUGCACGCCGGCAAAGACCUUCUCGCUACGCCAGGUCAACUCCUCCAAUUCCGUCUUCCUGAUCAGGCCCCAGGUACAAGGGCCAGGCACAGCUGCCACAGUUCCGACGACAACGACGACGACGCCAGGCAUCACGGCCGUAGCACAGUGCAAGUCGACGCUCGAAGUCCAGGCCAUGGCCUCCUCCGAGACAGCCCUCCGGCCCCUGCUGGCCGCCCUCGCCGUCUACGACGAAAGCGACAUCCUCAUGGACGAGCGCACCGAGGAGGACGACCACCCCCUCUCCCCCUCGGAGAUCGUCCAUGAGCGCUCCAAGGUCUUCGCAGACAUACCCUUCUCCCGCGCCGAGUGCGAGCGCGCCUGGAAACACAUCUGCGCAUUCGUCCACAAGAACAAAGAGUCCGGUGCGAUCGGGUGUCAUCGUCCCUCGGCCAGGGCAAAGCUCAUGGCCUGGGAGAAGAUCAUCGAGGGCGCAACCCUCCAUGGCAUCGAUCUCGGCAAACAGUUCCUGGUCGAGGACCUGUGGAGUGCCGUCAUAGAAGAGGCCGAACACACCGUUAUCGACGAGUAUCCGUUUCCUCGCUCGCUGUUCGACGCCAUUGUGCGUAGGCUGGUGGAUAAUUCGCCCAUUGAUGGGGACCUGAAGUGGGCAAAUCUCGAUCAGCAUAUAACAGCCCAAUGGACGGCAGAGCUCCUCCUCGAGUCGUCUAACGGGACCCCCAAGGCUGUCCUGAACGUGGAUACCUUCUCCAGCGACUGGAAAGAUCUCUUGCCCGAGCAAUUCAGAUCAUAUGCAUCUAUCGACAAUCUGGAU